CGCUCGUAAUCACCCUAGCAACAACAAACAGCGCUCGCGCCGCCGCUCCGCCAAUGAGCUCUGAGCCGUCUCUGUCCUCACUUCCGGUGCCUGCGCUGGGUUUGGCUUGGCUCUCUCAGCAUACGAGCAGCCAUCUUGGAUUCGGUAGUCUACCAGGACAGCUCUCAGUGUUUGGGAUGGCAGGAAUGUAAAGGAAAAAAAACUCAGGUGUUUCACAGCGUAUCUUCUCGAGAAGAGGAAGGUGUCGCCCGUCGGACCCCGUCUAUUCACCGGAGAUUAAACUUCUCAAAGCGGCGGCCAAACUCUGGAACCGGUUGCUGGGAGCUCCCUCUCCUCCUUUCCCCUCCCCUUCUGCUGCUGUUCUCAGCGCUGUGUGCAGUUCUGAGGGCCUCUUAACUGUUUGCGCGUUAGUUUCACUGGCUUUCUUUCCACUUUGAAAACUCACUAAACACCUCUGGCGUGUGGUUGUGGUGUCCAUGUGGUCGAGGCUGCAGAAGUUUGCCUUGGGUGCCGCCGGUGUUCUCGGUUGUUGUGUGCUGCUGUAAGGCGGCUCGAUAAAUUGCUCCAUUAAUGUGGAGUCGCGGGGUCUUCCGGCGUUCACCGCGCAGAAAACUGAACAGCUAAACUUGCGAAUUGAGGUCGAUGUGGAUCCGAAUCCAUGGUCUUCAUCAUCAGCUGCCGGAUACCUGCUUUCCACCCCUCGGACUAAGGACUAAGGUGCUGCGAUUAAACGGACUCGGACGGAGAGCAGAGGGGAAGCAGUUUGGGGAUAGAGACGUGAUAAAAUGUCAACCAGAACACCACUGCCUACUGUCAAUGAGAGAGACACGGAAAAUCACACCUCACACAGUGAUGGGCGGAAUGAGGCUGCCACGCGGCCCAGCCGCUCUGGGGCACGCUGCCGGAACUCCAUCGCCUCCUGUGCCGACGAGCAGCCACAUAUCGGCAACUACCGGCUGCUCAAAACCAUCGGCAAGGGCAACUUCGCCAAGGUCAAACUGGCGCGACAUAUUCUCACAGGGCGAGAGGUGGCCAUAAAAAUUAUUGAUAAGACGCAGCUUAAUCCUACAAGUCUCCAAAAGCUCUUCCGGGAAGUAAGAAUAAUGAAGAUUCUAAACCAUCCAAAUAUUGUAAAGCUGUUUGAGGUCAUAGAAACAGAGAAAACCCUUUAUCUGGUGAUGGAAUAUGCCAGUGGAGGGGAGGUGUUUGACUACCUCGUAGCGCAUGGCCGAAUGAAGGAGAAGGAGGCCAGGGCUAAAUUUAGACAGAUUGUAUCAGCCGUACAGUACUGCCAUCAAAAACACAUUGUGCACAGAGACCUCAAGGCAGAGAACCUGCUGCUAGAUGCAGAUAUGAACAUUAAGAUAGCGGACUUUGGCUUCAGUAAUGAGUUCACACUGGGCAACAAGUUGGACACAUUCUGUGGCAGUCCACCAUACGCCGCCCCCGAGCUCUUCCAGGGUAAGAAGUAUGACGGGCCUGAGGUGGAUGUCUGGAGCCUGGGAGUCAUCCUCUACACGCUGGUCAGCGGAUCGCUGCCUUUUGACGGCCAGAAUUUGAAGGAGUUGCGGGAGCGAGUGUUGAGGGGGAAGUAUCGCAUCCCCUUCUACAUGUCCACUGACUGCGAAAACCUCCUCAAGCGCUUCCUGGUUCUCAACCCAGCCAAGCGGGGCACACUUGAGGUGAGAGAAGACAGCGAAAAUCAAAUCAUGAAGGACCGGUGGAUCAACGCUGGCUUUGAGGAGGAUGAACUCAAGCCCUUUGUGGAACCAGAGCUUGACAUCUCGGACCAGAAGAGAAUAGACAUAAUGGUGGGGAUGGGUUAUUCUCGCGAGGAGAUCCAUGAGUCUCUUACCAGGAUGAAGUAUGAUGAGAUCACUGCCACUUACCUACUACUGGGGAGGAAGCCCACAGAGUUGGAGGCCAGCGACUCCAGCUCUAGCAGUAACCUGUCUUUGGCCAAAGCCAGACCCAACAGUGAGCACAAUAAUGGCCAGUCACCAUCUCACCUCAAAGUUCAGAGGAGCGUUUCCAACCAGAAACAGCGCCGUUACAGUGACCAAGCUGGUCCAGCAAUUCCUUCAGCGGGCUACCCCAAAAGGAGCCAGACCACCACAGCUGAUAAUGAGCACAAAGAGGAGAGCAGUGUCCAGCCACGCAAGUCUAGCUCUUCUGGUAGUCGUGGCAUGGCCCCGCCCAGCCCCUUGCUGGGCAACGCCAACAAUCCCAACAAGGCUGACAUUCCUGAUCGCAAAAAGGGCUCUACUGCUCCUGGGAGUAACUCUGUGUCCGGGGGGAUGACAAGGAGAAAUACAUACGUCUGUAGUGAACGUAACGCUGGGGACCGCCACUCUGUAAUACAGAAUGGCAAAGAAAACAGCCUGAGUGAGAUGUCAGCGUGUGCCGCCACAAGUCCAUCAACGUAUGCCGCCGCUCUCACCGCUUCAUCCGCCUCAGUCCGCCUACGGCACCAGAGGGCCACUGCGUUUUCCGCUUCGGGGCACACCUGUCGCUCCACGUUGCCCCCUAGCGACUGCCCUGCCGAACUCUUCAGGCCCAAUACGACCACAGCCCCUGGCCAGCGAAACCCUGGGGCAUCCACCCAUAGUAUCAGUAGUGCCACACCACCAGACCGUCUGCGUUUCCCACGAGGCACAGCAAGUCGUAGCACCUUCCAUGGAGGUCAGUUGAGGGAGCGACGUACAGCCACGUAUAAUGGACCACCCGCUUCCCCCACACUCUCUCACGAUGCAACACCCCUAUCCCAGUCACGCAGCAGAGGCUCAACCAACCUCUUCACCAAGCUCACCUCCAAACUCACACGCAGAGUUCCAGCAGAGUUUGAGAGAAAUGGGAGAUGUGAGGGCUCAAGUCGUAACGUGUCUGGGGAUCAGAAGGAGGAUCAUAAAGACACAAAACCGCGCUCGCUGCGCUUCACCUGGAGCAUGAAGACCACGUCAGCCAUGGAGCCCACCGACAUGAUGCGCGAGAUCCGCAAGGUGCUGGACGCCAACAACUGCGAUUACGAGCAACGCGAGCGCUUCCUGCUUCUCUGUGUCCAUGGCGAUGGCCAUGCUGAGAGCCUGGUCCAGUGGGAGAUGGAGGUGUGCAAGCUGCCCCGCCUCUCGCUCAACGGCGUGCGCUUCAAGCGGAUAUCGGGAACAUCCAUCGCAUUUAAGAACAUCGCUUCAAAAAUCGCCAACGAGUUAAAGCUGUAAAAGGAAAAAUAUAUUAUAUCUGGAGUCAAAAUGUGAAAAAUGUGGCAAAAAGGACUAAAGGCACACAAAACUACUAUAAUCAAGUUGUACAUUAUUUUCUUUUUUUGUGGAACAAAGUAGCAGAUUCAAGGAUUAUUCUCCUCAAACACUUACAAAAGUAUGUAAUAAAAAUAAUGUAUAGAAUCAUGCCUUAGGCAAUAAUUUCCUGCAUUGAAGCAUUAUUAUUAUUAUUAUUAUUAUUAUUAUUAUUAUUAUUAUUAUUAUCAUUGGUGCGACUGGUGGUCUGAAGCUGUAUGAAAAGAAGUGAUGGUUGUUGGUUUUGUUUUAUUUUUAUUUAUGCACUACUGCAUUAGAUGCCCUGUAGGCCAAUAGUGAAAAGCUUAAGCUUAUGUUUAAGCUCAAGUUAAAACACAGAGGGAUGACAGAAAGUUACAGUAUUUCUCGUCGGCAGUGUCCUCUCCCAGUUCUCUUGGUAUCUCUUUGGUUCCAAGCGAAAUGGCCACAACACGGUGUAUUGUGUUUUUAGAUAGGAAUAUUAUUUGCACCCCCUCACCCCACCCCACCUCAGAUGAUGCUGUUAGCAGUAGAUUCACGGUUUCCCCUCAUGUCCUUCACCCACCUAUAUAACGAGGCAGGAAAUGACUGGGACCUGUUGUGUUGUACUCUUCUCUGUUGUACAUGCCUAAUAAUGGACAGGACCUGGCUGGCUUAACCACUGGUGCCAUGGAAACGGCUCACAGACGAAGCUCUGUGCGGUCACACAAAUGGGAGCAGUCAGCCAACGCACUUCAGCUAAACCUCACGGCUUCGCACAGGGGCUGUUGCAAUGGAUCGUGGGACUUUGAGUCUAAUGAUUUUGUGAUAAUUAAA